CUUUUUAAACACUGGAUGAACCAGCUGCUCUCUCAGUGGGACAUUGCGCUCACUCACGCAGUCCCAGACCACGUGACCCGACUCCGAUUGGGCGGAGCCGAGCGGGUGUCACGUGGUCCGAGGCAGAGGCAGAUGGCGGACGCCGAGGCGGUGCCGGCGGUCGGCCGGGUCCUGGUGGACGCGUCGAGGCCGCUGAAGGAGCGGUUCCGGGCGCUGUUCACCCUCCGCAACCUGGGCGGCCCGGUGGCCAUCGAGUGGAUCUCGAAGGCGUUCGCGGACGAGUCGGCGCUGCUGAAACACGAGCUGGCCUACUGCCUGGGCCAGAUGCAGGACGGGCGCGCCAUCCCCGUGCUCCGGAGGGUGCUGCAGGACGGCGGCCAGGAGCCCAUGGUCCGGCACGAAGCAGGAGAGGCAUUGGGUGCUAUUGGAAAACCAGAGGUCCUGGAAUUAUUGAGGAACUACUCACAUGAUCCAGUAAUAGAAGUGGCUGAAACCUGUCAGCUAGCAGUUAAACGAAUUGAAUGGCUCCAGAACAACAAGGAUCAGAGUGAAAGCCAAUAUUGUUCAAUUGAUCCUGCUCCCCCUGCUUCAGAGAAAGACAUUAAAAAGUUGAGGGAAACUCUCCUGGAUGAAUCCUUGCCCUUAUUUGACAGAUACAGAGCAAUGUUUGCCCUUCGGAAUAUUGGAAGUAAAGAAGCAGUCCUGGCUUUAGGAGAUGGUUUACAAUGCAGCAGUGCCUUAUUUCGACAUGAAAUUGGCUAUGUCUUGGGUCAGAUGCAACAUGACGCCAGCAUUCCUCAGCUGACAGCAGCAUUGAAAAAAAUGGAUGAAAAUCCCAUGGUACGUCAUGAGUGUGCAGAAGCUUUAGGAUCCAUUGCCAAAGAGGCAUGUAUGGAAGUACUGAAAGAAUACCUGCACGAUGAGGAACGUGUUGUGAAAGAGAGUUGUGAGGUGGCACUGGACAUGCUCGAAUAUGAAAACAGUCCUGAGUUUCAGUAUGCUGACGGUCUGGUCAAAUUACAGAAAAGCUGAUUUGGGGAAUCUAAUAUCGUCUUAAUGGAACUUCUGUUAAACAGCUAAAAGACCGUUGAAAGUUUUUGGGACUUGAUAUUAAUGAGCACACAAUUCUCAGAACUUGUGACUUGCUCCAGUAUUGGAGGCAUGUAUUUUCAAAUAUAUUUCCUGAUGUUUAAUUAUAAAUUAUGUUGUAGAAUUUAUAACAAAAUACAUCAAGCUUUAUUUAUCUGUUCUGGUGUCUCAUUACAACAUAGAAUGAGGACAUUUGACCCAUGAGUCUUUGCUGGCUCUGUGCAUUCCCAUCCCCUGUAACUUAUUCCCCAUCACCUCCCCCUAGAUUCUUCUGCCAUCUGCCCAGACUAGGGACAACUUACAGUAACUGAUUAACCUACCAGCAUGUCUUUGGGAUGAGGGAGGGAGCUGAAGCACCAGGGUGAAGCCUAUGAGGUCACAGAGAAUGUGCAAAUUCCACAGAAGCAGUGGUGACUGAUGAGAAUGCUGAAAGUGGUUGGGACUGGGUAUGAUGAACACACAAUUCUCAACGUGUUACGUGCUCCAGUACUAGAGGCAUUGAACCUGGGUCACUGGAAUUAUGAGGCUGAUGUGUCACUAUGUCAAUUUUUAACUUGUGUCUCAUUUAUUAAAUAAUUCAGAAUUCACAUGCAGACUAAAUGCAUGGUUCAAAGACAUCACUUUACUUCAAAUCUUGUUAGCUGCUAAUUUGGAGGGCUCUGAGCACUUUUAGUAGUAGAGGAUAUGAUGUUGAUCUAUUAUCGCAGACCUGUACUUCAGAACUGUGAAAUCCUCGGGCAAAAUUGUGUUAAAAAGGAUUUAACAUCUUUGUCACUUGUGCACAUCUAGGAAAAGUGAAAUAAUAAACAGCUUAAUUUUUUUACUAG